AUGGUUAAAACUAACUACUAUAAUGGUUUGAAUCCUGCCGUAUCACAGGCAUUAAUCAAUCUGCAAUAUAGGUAUAGUAAUGAAAUGCCUAAAAUAUUUAUCUAUUUGACUGAAAGAUCUAGAAAUAGAGAAUUUACGGUUGAGAAGCAUUCAUUUUAUAUUUAUUGCACUGUAUACGACACCUUGGUAUUUAUCCGUGAAAAUACUAUCGAAUGUGCCAAUCAUCACCUGAAUGAAUGCAUUGCUAAAAUAGCUAAAAGGCAUUUCGUACAUUCUAAUCCUUUUCAGAAAAAAGGAGAAAGAAGUGUAUUAUCACUUAGUUCUGAUGAGGUUAAUGAGAUUUUUAUGAAUUAUUCUAUAUAUUCACAGUGUGGUUAUCAUGUAUAUAAUAUAGAGAAUGAAUUUAGGGAGAAAAUUGCUUAUUCCUUAUUUAAUAGUGCAAAAAUUAUCCAACAGGCUUGGAGAGAUUACAAGAAUGAUGAUAUUCCUGAUGAUAAGAAAUUUUUAGAUGUUAUUCUUCGAAAAAUAAAAAAUUCUUAUACUCAUCAACAACAUAAUUUAUGUAAUGCUAAAAUUAUUGCUAUGAUAAAUGAAGGAUAUAAUUAUCUAUUAUCAGAAGAGUAUAAAGAAUAUUAUCUUCCCGAUAACUGGAUAGAAAGAAAAAAAAAAUAG